AUUGUUGAACAAUUUGAUUCGACAAAAUGUCCAGCGUUUCGUGUUUUCUCUUUUGUGUCCUUUGGAUAACUGUAUUUGACAAAGUGGAACUUACAAAUACCGAAGAUAUUCUGGAUAAGAUAAAGGUAGGAUUACAGCAUGCAAGUAACUAUCUAGAGACGGCUAAAGACAUUGCCGACUUGGUGUCUAAGAGUUUAGGUCAUAAGCAAAAACGCGGAGAAAACGGAAAUGAUGAAAAACAACUGUUUGGUCCUUCAAAUUUUGUUUCUGCAUUCUUUCGACUCAUUGGAUUUGAUUCGCAAAAAAUCGCAGCAAUCGCAGUCAAUAGUGUUGUAUUUCUUGCACAAAUGAUAAGUACGCUUUUUGGACUGAAAUCGUCGCAAAGUAACAUAUCCAGAAACAUCGACAACGAAGAAUUGGCAUGGGAUCCGUUAAAAUUUACUUUAGAAAAUAAAAAUAAGAAUGUUCAAAAUUUAAUUGAGCAAGCAAAGAAUCCGAAUUUACCAAAUCAAUUGAUAGCGAGAAUGACUGGCUCUGAUUCUGCUUGCAUUCGAUUAUUACUAUGCAAAUCAUCUCCGAUCAUAAGAGCAGUGCAAACAUCUCUUAAUAAUAAAUCGCAGAAUUAUAUGCAUCGAAUGAUUGCGUGGUUACCUUCUAGAAAGGAUUUUGAAGCAAACAGCGACAAAUGUGAAGCAAAUCAUAUCGAUUGUCGUUUAUUUUCGUCAUCAUAAUUAUAAUUAAUCCUUUAAUUUAU